CACGACCGCGAGACCGAACCGCCGGCUAACGUGAAGUCUUCUCGCGGCGGGCGCCGCGCCGGCGGCGGCGGUCCGGCGCAGGAUUCCGGCGCUCAAGGCAUCCACCUGCUCCUCCGACCGCCGGCCCUCCUUUCCCCCAGCCUGACCCCGCCGCUGGCCACCCGCAAGGGGGCCACCCCGGCCCCCUUGUCGCCGUGGGAGCGGAGCGAGUCCCUGGAGGAGGCCUGGGCUUCGGGGGAUUACCUGGAGACACUGUCCUUCGUGCUGCCCGACGGCGAGGACCUCGCCCUGGCCACGCCUCUUCCCAGCCACCCCUACGACGACGACGGCGACGGCGCCUUACACCGGCACCCCACCCCGCCGCUCCACUCGCGCGUCCUCUUUUCGCCCUCGUCAAGCGCCCGCGGCGGACCGCCCCCGCCCACCCGCCACGCCCGCCCGGACGUCUUCCCCGCCUGGGACGACGACUACGACCCCGAGGACCUGACGCCGCUGCGGCCGACGGAGCUUCUGCUGCCCGACAUGAACAGUUUGGAAUACUACAGCAACCUUCUGGCGAAGGAGCGGGCGAGGGAGGAUGCCCCCGGCCCCCCGGGCGAGCGGGAGGCCCGCGUCCCCCGACCCUCCGUCCCGCCCGCGUGCGCCGCCGGAGGCUCGGCGGCCGGCUUCAGUCGGGUCCGGGAGCUUUUGAGGAGGGAGUUCAACCGCUCCGUGGAGCUUCAGUUCAUGAGAACGGCGUCCAGUUUGGCCUUCCGCGCGGUCUCCGGCCCGUCGAUCUACACGGCCAUCUCCGUCCUCAACGCCCUCCGCCGACCGCAGCGGCUCCGGGGCCCGCUCCCCGCCGUGUCCGCCCUCUCCGCCGCCCCGGACGUCAGGUACCGGGUGCACACGGUGCUGCUGUUCGUCCCCGCCCACGUCGACGUCCGACUCUGCGACUUCGGCGAGCUCCCGAGUCCCGGGGCUCGGGCGACUUGACUCGGGCGGGGCCCGAUUUCGGCCUCCCCCCCGGCCGCGCCGCGCUCGGCGGGCCUUUUUCACGCCUCGUCUUCCUUGUAGCUGCUGAACGUGACGCUGGGCGAGGCGAGGCCGUCGGCGGCGCAGAAGCUCCCCGUGGACAUCGUGUUUGCGCUGCGCGACGGGCGAGGAGGCUACCUGCCGGGAUUCGAGGUCAGCCGGCACCUGAGGAAGCUCAGCCUGGUGGAGUUCAGCUUCUACGUGGGCUUCCCCGCCCUGCAGAUCGCCGAACCGUUUCAUUACCCCGAGCUCAACACCUCCCAUCACCUGAGGUUCACUUGGGUCCGCACGGUCCUGCUGGGUGUUCCGAGUCAGACGCUUUCGGAGCAAAGUUUGAAAGCUGGUCUGGAGCGCCGCUUGGCCUCGCUGCUGGAGGAAGGGCUCGCGGCGUCCGGCGGGAGGCGCUGGAGGAGGGCCACCGCCGCCGCCGACGGCAGCCUGCAGGUGGUGCGGGUGGCCCGCCUGGCCGGGCCCGAGCGCCCCCUGGAGGUUUUAUAUUUUGCCGAGGGGCCCGGAGGCGCGCGGGUGCCGGCCGAGGUGACGGCGGAAACCCUGAACGGCUUGGACCUCCAGAGAGCCGCCAUUGUCCUGGGACAUCGAGUCCGCCGACCGCUGGCCCAACCGGUGGAGACGGCGUCGGUGCCGCCGGCCGAGACCCAAAGCGGCAGCGUUUGGCUCGUCGUGGGCGUGAUCGUGCCGGUCUUCCUGGCCCUCUUCAUCGUCGCCCUGCUCUACUGGAAGCUGUGCGGCUCGGAGAAGUUGGAGUUUCAGCCGGACGCCGUCAACGCCGUCCAGCAGAGGCAGAAGCUUCAGGCUUCCAGCGUGAAAGGCUUCGACUUUGCCAAGCUUCACCUGGGCCAGCGCGGCAAAGACGAGACGGCGGUGAUCCAGGAAGCGGGCCCGCCGCCGCCGGCGCCCGCGAAAGAAGCCGCGCCCUCUGACGGCGGGGACCUCGCCGCCCCCAAACCCAGAGGCUCGUCCGCCAAAACCGCCAGAGCCGCGCGGCGCCACGGCAGGACCAGCCAAUCGGAGGCCGACUCGCUGGGCAGCGACCGAUCCAGCGGCAGAGAGUCGGCGGACGAGAGCGCUCGCCCCGCGGCCGCGCCCGUGGAGGCCAAGCAGCAAAGGAAGAUGCCCAAAAAUGCUCCGUCGGGCGGGGAUGAGCUCAUGUCGUCGUCUUCCAUCUUCGACCACGUGGACCGCCUGUCCCGCGGCCCGUCGGACGGCGCGCGGCGGCCGGCCGGCAAAGUUCAGCUGAUCGCCAUGCGGCCGCGGCCCGGCCCGUCCCUCUCGCAGAAAGUCGGCACUGAGGUGGAGCUGCGCCACAAGUCCGAGAUGGAACUGCGCGGGAAUAAACUCCGGCAGCGCGCCAAGAGGCGGGGGCAGUGCGAGUUCCCGUCCAUGGACGAUAUCAUGGACGCCUUCGGGGACGGGCCGGUCCAGACCGAAGCGGCUCGCCGUCUCUACGGCGAGCGCGCCGACGACGUCCCGCGGGCCGACGCCUCGUCCCCGCCGACGCCCGGCGACCAGCGGCGGAGAGGGAGAAGCUCCCCCGGGGGGCCACGGACCGCGGCCGGACCCGGAAGCCUUCCCGACACGGACCGGGACCGCCUGCUGGUGGACCACGGCGCCACCUACAGGAAGUACCCGGGACUCCAAAACGUGGCCUACACGUCGGACCCGGACCUGGCCGCGGAGCUCCGGAGCCCGUCCCCGCCUGCGCCGCCGCGGCCCUCCAUCGAGGAGGCCCGGCGGCAGAUGCGCUCCCUCCUGGACGACGCCUUCGCUCUGGUGUCCCCGUCCGCUCGGCCCGAGCCCGGGGAGGCAGUGGGGGUCCUACCCGGCGGGCCCCUUCUCGGCCGUGAGUCCGCCGCCCCGCCGCUCGCCCUCUCCACCUCGCGCCUCUCUCCCGUUCCCCUCUUGUCGCCGCAGAGAUACGCCGACCCGGCGCUUUCUCCGACCUCGGGCCCGGGAGCUGCGGCGGGUCGUCCGCAGAGGCAGAGCUCGGGAGGCGGCGUUUCCGGCGGCGAGCAGCUGCAGGAUCCUUUGUGCUCCAGCAGGGGGCAGUACCAACACUUGCCUUCCUCCUCCAGGCCCCGACCUGUUGGGGGCAGCGCAGCGGGCGUGCAGCUGCGGCACCUGACCCAGGUGGGCCUGUCCAGCCAGAUGGGGGCCUACCCCGGCGUGGGGCGCAGCGCCUCGGGACCCACUGGCUGCUCCUGGAGCGAGCGACAUUCCGACCAGGACGCGCCCGCGGCCGCGGCCGGCAGGGAGAGCGCGCUCUGCUUCCCCGAGUUCUCGUCGUCGCCGCUCUUCCAAUUGGCCAGCUCUUCGCUGCGGGACCCGUCGGCGCCGCCUCUCCUGCUCGCUUCCCCGACUCCCGACUACCUGCCGGCGGACGCCUCGCCCUCCGCCCGCAGCUCGGCCUCGCUGAUCAAGGCCAUCCGAGAGGAACUUCGCCUGCUGGCCCGGAAACAGGCGGCGGGCGGCUACCCCUAGCGCGCUCGACCGGCCGGCCCGUCGGGACGCCCCGCAACGGCCGCUCCUCCCCGAUACCCCGACCGUACCCCCCGCAAAUGUUUCCUGAAGUCGAUGGCUCCUUUUCAAAGGAGGAGAAAAAGUCGGACGCGGAUUUCUUCAUCCCGGAGAUCUUGAGCGUCUUCCCGCACAUCGGUCUCCCCCUUUGUGGCUGUCGUCCCGGCGGCUGUUCGGGGGCGGGCAGAUUGCGACGCGCCUCCCGACCUUCCGCGGUGCUAAAAGUGUCAAUCUGUCACCGUCGAUCAUACGUACGCCUUCCGCGCUCCCGUCGGCCGGGGGGGACGGAGUUGUCUGUCUGGCUGAAAACCGGCGGUGAGGCCUUGGGACUGGAGGUGCCUUCCAGUCCGCAACACUCUUCAAAUAAUCGCAUGAGCACAAUAUUCGAGGAGGCCUUGCUGCUGACAUUGCGACUGAUGAGCAGAGCUCGGAACUCCACAUGACGCGUGUGUGUGUGUGUGUGUGUGUGUGUAAACCUUUUUUUUCUGUAUAUCAGAGAUGGGAUCAAGUCUCGCCUGAGAAUGAAGCCACGACUCGAGGAGCGGACACGGCGCCGAAGAAGCUUCUCAGCUG